AUGUCCGCUUUAACCGCAACUGACGAUUUGAAACGUGAACGUGAGUCAUUAUGGUCGGAUCUACGAGAGUUAGACACUCGUUUAAAAAAUUGUUACAUUCCACCUCAUUUUCGUGUAACAACCUCAUCAUUUUCCAAUAAUCGAACAUUUUCAACAAACGAUACUGCGAGUCCUCAAUCAUACACAACAAAACGUUUUCGAUCUGCGAUGCAUGUUGACUCAACAUCUACUCUACCAUCCGAUCAUUCUGUUAUUCCAGAUGACGGUGAAAAUAAUUCGGAUUUUGACCAUCAAAAUAUUAAACAAUCACCAACAUCAGCAAAGUAUCUUCACUCGUCGAUUGUUCCAACAAACAAAAUAAUAAAAACAAAAGAUGAUCUUAUUUCAUUGGUUAAUAAAGAUAGUGAAUCAACAAGACGAAAUAGACGAAUGUUUGGAGUACUCUUAGGCACAUUGAAUAAAUUUAAACAAGAAAGUCAAUUGUACAAUGAACAGCAACAAGGUAUUAAACGUCAUGAAAUUGAAAAACGUUUAGAACAAAAACAAUUAGAAGAAAAAGAAGAAGCACAAAAAGAACGUCAAGAUUUAAUAAUAAAAAAACGUUCUUGUCAACAAAAACUACGUCAGUUAAAUGUUAAAUUAGAUUUAAUGGAACGAAUGGUUAUGUAUGAAAAAUCACAAGAAAAUUUAAAAUAUUUUAUUCCGACAAAAACAAAACCACAUCUAUUUUAUUUACCAAAACGAACAGAUUUAGACAUAAUUCAACAAAAAUUAAAUGAACAAAAACAAACAAUUGAACAAAAAAUUCAAGAUUAUAAAACAAAUAUGCAAAAAGAAUUGGAUGAUUUGGAAAAAUCAGUCGACGAACAAGAUCAAGAUCGACAAUCAAACACACCGAGAAAACGCUCAAUAAGUGAAACCGAUAAUAUUGUCGAUGAAAAUCUAGACGAUACAUUUUUACAAGCUGAACUCACCUUACCAACUGUUAAAAGUCAAAUUGUAUUAACAGGAAAUGGUGAUGAUGAAGAAUUAAUAAGUGCUUCAGAAAUUGAGCAAGAAUCAGAAUUGAAUACUCAACAACCUAGACGUAUUGUUACAAGAGGAGAAGAGAGUACUAAUAGUGGUGAGAUUGAAAAUGGACAAAAAUUAGCGUCAAGAACUGUUAUUUAUAACAAAGAAGACAGAUUAGUUAUUAACAAGGAGAAUUCAUUGAAUAAUGAUACAACUACGACUACUUCCACAACAAUGGAAAUUAGUACAGAGGAAAUUAUUUGA